AUGCCGCCUCAACCGGGACCGUUUGGCCAACAGCCAAAUCCGUUCGCUCCACAAGCGGCGCUGUUCUACGGCCAACAACCGCAUUUCAGCCAAGCUGCUACCGACUCCCGUCGUGGAAGUCAUGGAACAACAAGCAUGUUACCGCAAACGUUUGACUUCCCAACGGCUUCCACGGCUACGACAGCCUCGAUAGAAGAGGAUUCGGAGAAGGUUUGCGCAGUAUGUGGCGAUCGAGCAGUCUGUUUUCACUACGGCGCUCGGACUUGUGAAGGAUGCAAAGGAUUCUUCAAGGUACUGCUGGAGUACUGUAGAGUCUAA